CAUAUUCAUUCCCGCCUAUUAGCUUCAUAAGCUAGUCUAAUGUCUGGCAGUUCUGCUUUGCACUGAGGAGCAAUCCGGCUUGGCACAAUCGGCAGAUAUAUACUCCGUAUAUCUAUUGUGUUCUGCAGUGUGCCUUAUACAACAAUAUUUUCCAUACGACCAAUACUGUGAAAAAUCGAGGCUGAUUGACUGACCAUUAGAGGGGAUUCAAUUCAUUGUGUAUUUACAAGCCACAUACUAGUUAUGUAUAUUAUAUACAUGUAAUGACUUUUUUUAUAUAGUUUGCCUAUACAAGUUGGACAAAAUGUUUUAACCCGCUAAUCUCCAUAUUAGUCAUUACAGGAUAAUUAAAUGAUGAUUUUAUAAAUUGAUAACGAAAGAUGAAUUCAACAAUUCACGCUAAUGUUUGUAAUGAGUGUUAUUCUGUAACUCUCGGGCAGGACUCUAUGCGGGAAAGUAUGUUGUAUGUUACAGCAAUUUCAAUGCUUCUCCUUGCAACAUUUGGAUUACUUUUCAAUAGUUUGUUUAUAUACAUUUUAAUUACACAUAAUACUCUGAAGACGAAAAAUAACCUCUACGUCAUGACACUGUGUGUUUCAAGUAUACUGAUCGCAGUCCUUGUUGUCCCAACGCUUGGAAUAUCAUCAUUGGAAGAGAGAUGGGUAUUUGGGGACGCUGGAUGUACGUUACACGGAUUCAUCAUGACGUCAUUUGGACUUUUUCAAAUAUUCAUUAUCACUGCUAUGUCAUUUGAAAAAUACGUCAUAGUUGUCAAAAAUAGCUGGUAUUUAUUUGUGUCAAAGACAGGAACUCGAUUUUCAAUCGGAGGAAGCCUAUUGAUGGGAAUUACUCUUGGGAGUUGUCCAAUCAUUGGAUGGAACUCUUAUAAACUGGAGAUUCAAAAUGUCUCUUGUUCAAUCGAUUGGAGCGACAAAGGUGACAUCGCGGUUUCCUUUACAUACUUACUCCUCAUGGUGGGGUUUGUGAUGCCAGUUUCUAUAAUGCUUUUCUCGUACAUCAGCAUCUUCUUAGAGAUAAGAGGUCACAUAUUUAAUCUACGUAAGAUGUUACGGAAUAGCGGGAAAUGUUAUGCCAAUAUGUUGAAACGGGAAGUCAAAGCUAUCAAGACUAUGCUUAUACUUGUUUGUGCCUUCAUUGUCUCAUGGCUUCCAUACGUUAUUUUAAGCAUGUACGCAAUGUUCGGCGAGAUAGGCUCUGUGAAUCCUUGGCUAAGCAUGAUUCCAACGCUAUUCGCGAAGGCCUCUGUAAUCUGGAAUCCAAUUAUAUAUCUAUUCAUCAACAAGUCUUUCAGAAACGCUCUUAUGGAAAAGGCGCCAAUAUUAAGACGAUGCCACAGUAUGUGUAAGGAUUCAAAAUCAAGAAAUGAACUAUUGAGUAAUGAAACCAUGCCAACGCCACUGUUCAGCAAGGAUGUGAAAUCUCAGUCAUUUGACCAACAGCACACGGUUAGGAUAUCAAAUCCCGGUCAUCAGGCUAUUACCACAUUGUAAUUAAUCUUGUGCUUGUGACACUGUUGUUUUCUAUGAUAAGGAUAGCAUGUCUAGGAGGUUGCUGAUGAACUUUUUCUUAAACAUAAUCUUGCGCAAAUGGCAAAUCAAAUUCAUCAUAUGGCGGCACACUGCCAAGAGAGUUUUUACCUGCAUUAUUUUUCAUAAUUCAUAAUAAUCAUAAAUAUCUCCGAUCAUUCGUAUAUACUGUACAGUUAUUAAUGUAAGCGAGAUAUUUAAUUUCGCUAUGUCUGGUAAUGAUAGCAAGAGAUUUAAUAUCGCUAUAUUUGUUUACGUUAGCGGGAGUUUUAAUAUCGCUAUAUUUGUUAAUGUUAGCGAGAAAUUUAAUAUCGCUAUAUUUGCAGUCAUUAAAUAUAACGCGUAAAUUUAUACUGUGAAUCAUAACUAAUUAUUGUAUUUUUGCCAGUGAAAUAUAGAAAUUUAUCAAACUAAUAAAACUUAUAUUUUCACUACAGUGAUAAGCAAUGAAAAUACGAGAUUUUGCAGUGAAAAUAUAAUCACUUCGCAUUCGUGAAAAUAUCGAUAUUCUGUCAUACUCGUGAAAUAUAUGUUAUAGUAUACAUAUAUACACGCACAUGAAAAAAAUGGUUACUUGAUGAUUGCAGAAUGAUUACUAGGUAUCUGUGCGCAAAAUUUACAAUUUGAUUCACACAAACUAGUUCCGACCGGAAAUAUCAGUCCAGUGAAAUUUGACAUCCGUGCAGUAUACAAAGGGUCUUAUCCUUUUAAUCAUUAUGAAAAAUCAACUUUCAUAUACCUAUUGUGCAUAUGAAUAUAUACGUAUAUAUUACAGAUGAAAGCAGAAAACAAUCAUAGGUCGAAUGAAUGUACAUACAAAGAUAUAUGUUUUGGCUAUCCGAAUAAGACUGGCAGAGGUUUUCAGUUUCUUGAAUCUACAGUUACUAUUGUAUGAAUACUUUAUAUUGAUGUGUCAUUUCUUUUCGUUAAUGGUAUUUUGAUAGAAGUCAUUUGGUGGAUUCAUUGGUUAAUAAAUCAAAAUGUCAACCUGUGUUUGAUCAUCUUCACUAUUUUGUCGGUGUUGUACUAGUGGAGAAGGAUAAUUAAAUAUUCUAACUACAUGUACAAAUAUAGUGUCGAAUAACAGAUUAUGAAAUGCCCUAUGAUAAAAUAUGAAUAUACAUGUAAUAUACCGAAAUUACCCAACAUCACUUGUAUUAAUGUUCCAAAAUAUAUUUUAUAGAUGAUCAUCAUAUAUACACACUGAUGUACAGUUGAUAAAUAAACAUCUUAUAUACACACUGAUGUACAGUUAAUAAAUAAACAUCUUAUAUACACACUGAUGUACAGUUGAUAAAUAAACAUCUUAUAUACACACUGAUGUACAGUUGAUAAAUAAACAUCUUAUAUACACACUGAUGUACAGUUGAUGAAUAAACAUCUUAUAUACACACUGAUGUACAGUUGAUGAAUAAACAUCUUAUAUACACGCCGAUGUACAGUUGAUAAAUAAACAUCUUAUAUACACACUGAUGUACAGUUGAUAAAUAAACAUCAUAUAUACACACUGAUGUACAGUUGAUAAAUGAACAUCUUAUAAACACACUAAUGUACAGUUGAUAAAUGAACAUCUUAUAUACACACUGAUGUACAGUUGAUAAAUGAACAUCUUAUAUACACACUGAUGUACAGUUGAUAAAUAAACAUCUUAUAUACACACUGAUGUACAGUUGAUGAAUAAACAUCUUAUAUACACACUGAUGUACAGUUGAUGAAUAAACAUCUUAUAUACACGCCGAUGUACAGUUGAUAAAUAAACAUCUUAUAUACACACUGAUGUACAGUUGAUAAAUAAACAUCAUAUAUACACACUGAUGUACAGUUGAUAAAUGAACAUCUUAUAAACACACUAAUGUACAGUUGAUAAAUGAACAUCUUAUAUACACACUGAUGUACAGUUGAUAAAUGAACAUCUUAUAUACACACUGAUGUACAGUUGAUGAAUAAACAUCUUAUAUACACACCGAUGUACAGUUGAUGAAUAAACAUCUUAUAUACACACCGAUGUACAGUUGAUGAAUAAACAUCUUAUAUACACACCGAUGUACAGUUGAUGAAUAAACAUCUUAUAUACACACCGAUGUACAGUUGAUUAAUAAACAUCUUAUAUACACACUGAUGUACAGUUGAUAAAUAAACAUCUUAU